CAGACGCGUCAGCCGCGUAGCAAAUCACAAGAUAGGUGAUCUGGCUCUUUCAUGCAUCAGACAGGGGAUGGUAAACAAUAAGGCCCCGAUAAUUGUUUGAAGUCGCCAGCUCAUCAUCAUUGGAGAUUUAGAUGCCAAACUAACGGUGAGGUGCAGCGGAAGCAUCGAAGAAGCUUGGGUCACGCGUGUUCCGUCACGCCCCAUACCACCAGCAUCACAACUAUAAAGCUUUCUUCUUCGCCCUUCUUCCUAUUCUUCCGUGCCCACUCUCAACCACCACAGCAAACAUCUCUCUUGCUGUCAAAGGUAGCUUGGUGCCCGAUAUCAUGUCGCUCUACAAGACAAUGCGCUGUCGUUAUUUUGACGAGCAUGGUAAGGGUGUCAAGCCGUUCUGCAACCAAGGGAGUCGCUGUCGGUUUAUUCAUCCGUCUGAUUUUCAAUGGGACAAGGGCCGCAUCAAUCCCGAAAAGACUUUCCAUAAUGAUACCAAAUCCGAUAAAAUCAAGGUCAAACCAAAACACAAGCCGAAAGCAUCAUCAACGAGUCCUAUACCACGAGGUCCGCGUUCAUCGCCGCUCGUGCCGCAGUCUGACUUGUUCAGACGAAAUCAUGGCGAGCUCGAUAGAGAGCGUGGUCGCGACCGUGAAAUUAAAGCUGUUCAACGUGACCAACGUGACCGCCGUGAACGGGACUUCGAAUCUUGGGAACGUUACGUGCGUGACCGCGAUCGCGAUCGCUCCAGGGAUGUCCGCCGGUCUUCCCGGGAGAGAGCUGACGAAGAGAGGGGGCUGUAUUCUUCCAAGCGCUCCAAGAAAGCUGAGGGGCAUAUAUUCCGGUCCUCGAUGAUGGACUCGGAUGAUAAUCCCGAGAGCGGCAGUCGUCACGGUAAAGGUCGUCCAGAUGCGUCAGAGAUGACGCCAGGAAAUCUGUCCUUUCAGUCGAGGGACGACAAAAAGAGGUCCAUAGAAGUCGUUGGCGAGUUCUCUCCUCGUCUUGCAAAGCUGUGUAGCCAGCUGGUUCAAGAUUCAUGUCAGCUUGACAAGGAAGAGGACAAACUGAAGGCAUUUACGGAAUUGUCGUCCGAGCUUUCUAAAGCUGCGCCGUCGACUGCGAUGGCGGUGACCCCUGCUUUGGCGGCUGUUAUAACAAGUCACGCGAAAUGCAAAGAGCGCGUCGCAGCGCGCGUUAGAGAACUGGAUUCUCUGUGGGAGAAUCUCCUGUCAAAUAUUGUGACGGCCGUCGUCAAAACAACAGAUAUCAAUUUGGAGCGCGCCAUCGCAUCACUGCAUAAAGAAACGGAUGCAGCUUUGCAGUCAUAUGUUCGAUCUUACAGUCCGCUCUUGCUCAAACGGAAGGCACAGGACCAAUCACGGGGGGAACUAGAUGGCCUACUGGAGUUGAAGGACGGGCGGGAAACUCCAGUCGGUGACGAUGGAGAAAACGGUGCAGUGGCCGCUGUACAUGCAUUGUCGCGGUCGCCAGAGUUGAAACGUCGUCGUGUGGAAUCAUCCGCGCCGACAGCGGUUCCCGUAAAGGAGGAAAGCGUCGACUAUAGAGGUUUACUGGAGACGAUGAAGUCGUCUUUGGCUGUGCAGGCACGAUUCACACAAACAUUAGAGUUGCUUGCAAAGGAAAAACAACUGAUUCAGAUUGUUGUGCGGCAUCGAUCGCAUCUGCUCGUCGAGAUUCUUCUGCUGAACGGAUCGCCGCGAUGGAGGUGGAGGCAGUGCCCUGAUGCAAAACCCUCCGCCCAGACAAAGCACUCCCAUCAUACGUGUAAUAAAAGACGCCCACUUGCAUUCUCUCGCAUAGAUCUGCUGAUUGUAAUUUUAGCAUGCAGCAUCGUUUCGUGAUCCCACCUGUAGCAGCGUUUUAGAGGCGUGGCCCAAUGUACCCUGUAUUUUUGUUCGACUUGGCGUUUGUCUUGUCCUGUAUCCUUAGAGCCACCGUAUCAUGCAUGUCACAUUUUUAGACGAAAAACGUUUCUAACUAUGAACUGAUUGUGAUGGAGAGAUGGUGAG